AUGGUCAAAAUUGAUGGUAUCACACUUCUUUUUCUGACAAUUGCUGCAAAUGCUGCAGUGAGCCCAACAUCUCUCAGCUCUGAUAUCUCCGUCAUUAUCCAUAAUGACUUGCAAGAAAGUGAAAGCCCUUUUUCUGAUUCGGGGAUUUUGGUUCUUGGGGCCAGGACAUGGCGAGAAGCCACAGAAAGCUGCAUCAAACUAGGAGAAAGUGUCUGGGGAAGUGGAUCUAGCAUCAAAAAGAUCCAGAGGGACUUAGAUUAUCUUGUAUACCAAGGCAGAUACGCCCAAACUCAGCGCUUUUGGACUGCUUCCGACAAUCGCAAGCCAUCAACUAUAAAUGCAAAUGGCCAGAUCAAGUCUGUUUCUAUAAAUGAGAAGUUGCCUGUCAUCUGCACACAGACUGCCCCUUACUCCAAUAUCACGUUCCAGGACACAAGUUCGAAGUGGCAAGUGACUGUCAAAUCUAAUAAUGAAUAUCUCACCGGGUUCCGUGAUAGAUUCAGCUUCCGCUUUCUGGGGGUCCGUUACGCCAAACAGCCUCAACGAUGGGAAUACUCUAAAGUAUACAAAGGAAGCGGCAAAAAAAUUCCAGCGCUCGACUAUGGCUCUGAAUGUAUACAAGGCACAAGUGGCUCAGAGGAUUGCUUAUUCCUAAAUAUAUGGACCCCUUAUAUUCCUCAGCCGAAAAAGACCCCAAAUAAGAACCUCAAGCCAGUGAUGUUCUGGAUUCACGGUGGAGCCUUCACAGGGGGCACUUCCAGCGACCCGACGUUCGAUGGCAGCAAUCUAGCCUCGCGAGGCGAUGUGGUUGUGGUUGCAAUCAACUACCGCUUGGGAACUCUUGGAUUCCUUGCGCUGGACGAUGGAGAAACGAACGGAAACUACGGACUGGCAGACCAGACCACAGCGCUUGAAUGGGUUCGUCAAAAUAUCAAGGACUUCGGUGGUGACCCAGACAGAGUAACUAUUUUCGGACAAUCAGCUGGUGCGGGCUCCGUACGCGCGCUUCUCGCAUCUUCCAAAGCCCGUGGUUACUUUGCCAGUGCGAUCAUGCUGAGCAAUCUUGGAGGCUUGGGUUACGGCACGACCUACUCAAAGUACUAUACUAUCGCGGAGGAGAUGGCAGUUGUGGGGAAUGUGAUUCUCAGCGAAACAAAUUGCACGCAAGCUACUUCGCCAAUCGAGUGUCUUAGAGCAUUGCCCGCAACAACAAUUUCCAGCCUCGCAGAUACGGCCCGGUAUCUCGUCGUGGACGGUGUCUACCUCGAACACGCGGAGCUGAAUCUGGCCAACCCAGCAUCUACAUCCAACGUCCCACUCAUGAUCGGCACAAUGCGAGACGACGGCGCCGCCAUGAUCGGCUAUCCCUCAGCAGAAGAAACAAUUCAAACAUUCCUUGCUCAAAACGGCGUCCCCGAUUCAAUUGCACCAAGCCAGCUGUUCCCCGUCCCUUCAACUGCCAACGCUACCCUCGAUAUUUUCAACACCUCAGCCCGGAUAGCAACAGACGGCAUAUUCCGCUGUAUUGACGAGGCAACCGCUCAAGCAGGGUCGACAAAUCACAUCUUCCCUGACAUCUUCUACUAUGAGUUCAACCGCUCGUAUCAACUGCCCGGCUGGUCGCCCAAUUUCCCGGUGUGCAACGCGCCCAUCACAGAAACCUUCCCAAAUGGCGAUCCCAGCAAGGAAUACUUCAAAUGCCACUCCGGGGAGCUGGGCUACGUGUUUGGAACUUUUCUUCGCCAGGGCUUACCGUACCGGGAUGAAUUCGACCUGCCAUUUGGACAAUACGUGCUGGAUUCUUGGGCGAGUUUUGCAAGAAGCGCCAGGCCUACGCCUGACUCUGGAUUCUUAAAAGCGAGAGGGUAUGUUAAUACGAGCCGAGAGAUUGAAUUGAAUGGCUCAUGGGAGUCAUUUGGAAAGAAUGGCCAGAUGAGACUGCUUCAGUGGCCUUCUAGGAUGGAGAAUUUGGCGGAGCUGGAACAAUGUCGGGCUCUGGGUCUGGGAUUGAAUUAUUUUGUCUCUUGA